UCACAUGGACUGUGGAGUGGGCUUAUCACAUGAGCAAAUGAAAGCUUUGGAUCGGCAAGCGCAAAGGCCACUUAAUUUCAGCCCACUACUGCGAUGCAAGAGUAAGGAGUCUUUAGCUUCUGAAUCGUCCAAUCAGACCAGCGGCUAUCAGUCCGGCUACCACUCUGAUGAUGCAGAAGCCCCCAUAUACGCCAACGAGGAGAUGAUCCUGAAGAGAGACAUUCGGAUGAAACCUCCACUGCCCAAGAGAAAUGACAAGUUCGGCGCAGAGGUCCGUUAUAGUGCGCCCCCAGUUUAACAUCUAUAGCGCGUCAAACAGUCCUCCUCUUUAUGUUAUUCAGAACUUUAAUGUAGUAGCUCAGCCAAAAAUGAACAUUUCAGGUUCAUAAUUUACUCACCCUCAAGUUG